AUGCUGAACAACUCGGUCCUCCUCACCAUUGACCUUACUACGGCCGUUGCCGACGAAGCCAUCAAAAACCGCAACUCAAUUGUUGUCGCAUACCACCCGAUCAUCUUCCGCGGCUUAAAAUCCCUCACCUUCGCCGACUCCCAACAAAGAUCUCUACUCCGCCUCGCACAACAUGGAAUCAGCGUCUACUCCCCGCACACAGCAGUCGACACCGUCCCCGGGGGCAUGGCCGACUGGCUCUGCGACGUAGUGACUGGAAGCUUCAAACCGAUACAACAAACCACCAAAGCCACCAUUGGACCCUGCAAAUCAAGCAUGUACUCUGCCCCAAGCUACCCCGAAGCACCAACCUCCGCGGUGCAAGCCCAGACCUCCUCACAAGGACCAGCGCACACCAGGACCACAAUCCACCCAUCCCCGCCAGCUUCAAUCCCAGAAGGGUUCGAAUCAGCCGGUGCCGGUCGUCUGGUGACGUUCAAGGACAAACAGCCCCUCACUUCCUUGAUUGAUAACAUCGCUUCCGGAAUCGGCCUGCCUGGCGGUAUCCCCAUCGCCAUCCCGCAAGGCCAAUCCGUUGAUGAUAUCUCUAUCCGCACGGUAGGCAUGUGUCCCGGUUCGGGCUCGGGAGUGCUCCUCAAGGGUGACGGCGCGCUCCCUGAUCUCCUGCUGACUGGUGAAAUGAGCCACCAUGAGGCUUUGGCGGCGACGGAGCGUGGGUCUGUUGUUAUCUCGCUCUCGCAUACUAACUCGGAGCGUGGAUAUCUGCGUUCGGCGAUGCAGCCUAAAUUGAUGGCCGAGGUAAAACAGCAGUGGGAUGAGGCCUUCCAGGAUUCUGCGAAGACUAUUGAUGAUCUUAAGAAGUUUGAUGGGGUUCCAUCGGCGGCUGUGUAUCAGGCUCGGGACCUUUACAAGGAUCAGGGCGAUGUUGAGGUGUCUGUCAGUGAGGCUGAUCGCGAUCCCUACGGUAUUAUGAUUUGGCGUGGUAACUAG